AUAAAUUAUUGCAUUAAAGAUUUAUGAUUUUGAUCAAAAAGUUUUAAUAACCGAAACAACAACAAAAAAUCCAAAAUGUCGAAUAUUGGUAGAAAAAAACCAGAUGAAAAUUUUGAAAAACAACUUCAUCGUACACUUUCACGGUAUGGAAAAAAAUCUAAACGACCAACAAUUUUACGUCCAUAUUUGGCCGCUCAAUCAUCGACACAAACAAAUGGAAUCGCAUAUCAAAACGAAACCAUAAUUGCACAAUCGUUUCGUCCACCGGACAUUGAAAUGUCAAAUUUGCAGAGAAACAUCAGAUUUGCUGAUGAUGAUGAUGAUGAUGAUGAUCAGGUUCAUUAUCAAAGUUCGAAUGAUCGAUUCGAUUCUUCGGUUUUACGAUCAGCGCAAAUGCAACAAAACAAUAAUGUUCGAUGUAAAGAAGAUUUUCUAUUCAAUAUUGAUGGCAAUGAAGAAGAAGAAGAAACUAGGCAAAAAUUAUCGAAUGAUGAUGAUCAAAAUUUUUUUCGACAAUUUCUUAAAACUGAAAUUUUCGAUUUGAAACGUGAAGAAAGACCUGGGUUUAUUUGGCAAUGUCUUGGUCUAAAAUUUGCAAAUAAUUUUCAAAAAAAUCGUGCAAACGGUGAAAUGUGGCCAGUAUUUACCUAUUGGCUUAUUACAAUGGAAUUGUUUAUAAUGAUUUUAUUGUCAACCAUAGGAAUUUCUCCAUAUAGUUUAAGUGAAACAAAAGUAUCGAAAGUAAUUUGGCAUCAAACAAAUUCGUAUCAGCCUGCAACCUAUUAUCAACAUCCAAAUAUUUGGUUUGGUCCAAGUUAUUCAACAUUAAUCACAGCUGGUGCAAAAUUCACACCAUGUAUGCGAAAAGAUAAAAAUAUUAUGGAAUCAUUUGAAUCAAGAAAAUUAAUGGAAAAUCAAUAUGGUUGUUGUUUACGAAGUGAUUUGAGUGGUUGUGUUCAAGCACCAAUAUCACAAUGUUCAAAUCGAACAUCAUAUUGGAUUAAAUGGCAAAAUCGAUCCGGACCAGUUUGUGGAAAUGAUCCACGUUAUUGUUUGGAUAAUAAAUCCAUUGAAAAGACUUUUGAAAAAAAUAUAACCGAAUGGCCUUUAUGUAAUCAAUAUGAUUAUCAAGCAAUUUCUAAAUCAGAAGAUUUAUAUAUGAAAUGUAAUGUACAAGCUCGACCUUGUUGUAUUGGAAUCUAUGGUAAAUGUAUACUUGCAUCAAAAGAAUAUUGUCAAUUUAUCGAAGGUUAUUAUCAUCCGGAAGCUAGUCUUUGUUCACAAAUAAAUUGUAUGGAAGAUGUAUGUGGUGGUUCAUUUAUGUGGCCUCAUCAAUAUUAUCGAUUAAUUCUGUCCAUAUUUAUUCAUGCUGGUUGGAUACAAUUGUUAGUGAAUAUAAUCAUACAAUAUAUAUUCAUGAGACGAUUGGAACAAUUAUUGGGCAUAUGGCGAACAUUUCUGAUCUAUUUCGUAUCCGGUAUUGGUGGCAAUUUAGCUAGUGCAAUAUUUUUGCCAUUAACACCUGAAGUUGGUCCUAAUUCAGCAUUAUUCGGUCUUAUUGCUUUUCUAUUCAUUGAAAGCUAUAAACAACGAAAACAAUAUGGAAUAAUUGUUUUUGUGAAAAUUUCAGCUGCAUUAUUUUUCCUAUUUAUCCCAGGAUUAAUUUUACCAUUUGUUGAUAUUUAUACAUUGAUAUUUGGUUUUCUAUAUGGUUUUCUAAUGAUCAAUAUUUUAGAUCCAAGGAAAAUCAAUUGUAAACAAUUACGAAUUGCUGCAGCUAUUCUAUUGUCAAUAUUGACAUUGAUAUUAAUUUUAUUAUUCAUUUUUGCAACCGAAAUCAUCGAACAAUAUCGUUAUUAUACAAAUAUUUUUAAUUGUAUACCAUUUUUAUUCAAUUGUUCCAAUAUUGAUAUUGCUUAUGAUGAAAUAAAAGCAUUAAAUUGAAUGUGUGUGAUUAAUUGUAAUGUAAUUUGGAUGAAAAACAAAGAAAAAAAAUUUAGUGAAAAAAAAACAUCAUCAAGCCAUUUCGGCAACAAGCAUGGAAUUAUCAUUA